AAUUAAUUACAGUGGAAGAUGCGGUUGACCUUGACGGGUGCGAACAUCUUCCGUCGGGAAUUUUAAGUCUAUGAAUAGCACAGCAAGGCGAAGGUGGAAUUGAGAGAAGAAUUCGAACAAAUGUCAAGUCGACACGGCAGCAGUGAAGAUGUGGCAAAGGUAACGGAGGAGCUGUCAUACUGUCGGACACGAUUGGAUGCUGGGGUUCAGGAAAACCGAAGAAAUCGAGACAUCAUUCAGGGUUUGACCGAGCAGAUCCAAAAGUUCCGACAGCGUACGGCGAAGGACUCGGCGCAGCUCAUCUCACCUACACCACUUGCCUCCUCACUGCCACAGUUGACUAUCGAAAUGGCCUCGUCACCAUACAUUGACUACAUCGAACCGGUCCAUACCUCUCCACGAUAUCACAGCCGAAGCACCUAUGCUCGACAUUCAAGAAAUAAAAGCCUUACACGACUUGAUCAGCCUGCAAGUUCUGUAGCUAUGUCAUCCUCCGUCGACGUCCGGCAUGUAUAUUCUCCUCGAUUUCGCUCUUCACCUAGGCUUAUGUAUUCAGACGAACACUUGAAUAUGGAAGAUCAACAGAGUAUCGAUGAGCUUUUCUCGAGAUUGAAGAGCGAGUUGUUCAAAAACAAUACUCUAGAGGAGAUUAAUGACAUGCUCCGCGAAGAGAACGAUGCUGCGUUGGCGGCUAACGAUAACCUCAGACAAGACGUUGUAGAGCUUACAAGAGCUCUUGAACAUUUGGAACAGAGCCAACGCGACGAUCGAGAUCGUUUCAAAACAGAAAAUACGCGAUAUCGAAAUCAAGUCGAACAACAACAUCGUCAGCUAAUCGAGCUUUGGAAAGCGUUUACAGCUGUUAAACGAAAGGUGCGAGAGCUGCACACUAGUACAGCUAGCGAUCUGGAUAAACAACUUACGGAAUUUACUCGAUGUGCAGCGAUGAUGAAGAAGGCGAUACGACAUGCAGAAUUCAAGAACAACGAAUUACGGGACAAAAUGGCAAAGGAAAAAGAUGAAGUGUUGGAAGAAGUGAUGGCAAAGUACGAAGCGUUAUCAACGAGUCAGAUUGAGACAGAGAAGCAGCUUAUGGAUAAGACUCGACAGCUACAAAAACUACAGGAUGAGCUGCGUACGACGAAAGAACAAUGUGAAGACAUUGAGAAUGCCAUAUCUCGAAUUUGUAACAUGUCUGAACUGAGUUCGGCUCCGAUUCGGUUACGUACGCGAAGUGAAAGUCCAGCCACUCCUCAUACUGCCAAUGACGCCAUGAGAAAAAUUCGAUCUGUGCUGUCUUCCAAAGCUGCAGAGCUGAGAGAAGCUGAUUCAAAGGUAGAGGCUGCAGAAUUGGAGGUGAAUCGCUUGAAGAGACAACUAGAAGCUCAUGAAAAGGAGAAGAAAUCUCGCCGCGAUCGUGAUAAGCUGAAAGAUGAGGAAAUAUCUGAAAGAGAGUCAAAACUGUCAACAAUCGAGCACGAGCUGCGACGAACAGCGGAACGUCUACAGGCUAUGGAACAAGAAAAAGAAAUGAAAGAGACAAUGAUGACGACAUUGCAGAAUACCAUCACGGCUACGCAUAGGACUCACAAAGAAUUCAUCGAGGGUCUCAUGACGAACCAUCGUGAUGAGCUGGCUUCUCGAGACAAGAUGCAUGAGGCUGAGCUAGAAGACAGGCUGAGCGAGGAACGUGCGCGGCAGAACAGAAUGCAAGUGGAGAUAGAUCGACUAAACACAGAGGUGGAAAAUCUUCGUGAGCAACUUCGCAAUGUAAAAGCUGAACACUCCGCAGCCAAGAAAGUCGUCGAUGAGAAAGAUUUUACCAUAAAUACCCUUGAGGACAGUAUAACAAGGCUGAAACAAGAUGUAGAGAUCCAUAUGUCUAAAGUAGAUGCUAAGGAAACUGAAAUUAUGGAGCAAAACCUUCAUUACGAAGAAAUGCUAGCAAAAGAGCAACAGUUGAAGCAGGAUCUAGAGGAGGCUAACAAUCUGAAUACCAUCUUGGGCGAAGACAAUAAGUCGCUUCAUGAACAGCUAAACCAACUUCGUAUUGACAUUGACAGGCUUCAAGAACGGCACGAAACAGCUACACAUCAUGAAGAAGAAUUGCAACUCCAGUUGGACGAAUCGCGGCAGCUGAACAUCGCUCAUGAGCAGAAUGUACAGAAACUGAGAGGAACUGUCAGAACACUUGAAGAUAAAAUAGAAUCGGAUAAUGAAGAAAUGCGACUCGUUCGUGAACAGCUGGACCAUCAUCAAACCAUAACGAAGGAAAGAACAAAUGAGUGCAAAGAAUUGGUGCGGCAAGUGGAAGAAGCAAAAAGAGAACGUGACGGCCUCCUGGACGAUCUCGCAUCCUUGCGAAGUGAAAUCGCCACCAUGAAUUCGCGCCUCGCUCAGGCUGAAGGGGACGCUGAGCGACGUCGUGCUGAGGAAAAUGAGAAACGUUCGCUCAUUGAAGAACUUCGAGUAAAUUUUGAUCGCCUAACAACUGAGAUCAAACAAAAAGAAUUGUUGGUGGACGAUUUGAAAGAACAGCUAAAAGUGCUGCAGUCUGCGUCUAAAGAGAAGGAAGAGCUUAUGAAAGCGGAAAAAAUUCGAUUGGAAGAAGAAUGGGGAAUGAAACAGAAGGAACUGAGGGAUGAGUACAAUGAGAAGCUGCGAAAAGUUACCGCUGAACUGGAGCUUCGAGAGAAGUUAGUGAAAGAAUGCGAGAACCGCUUAAAUCAACUCACUCAGCUCCAUGAAAAGCUUAUGGAAGAAGAGCGAAGCAUGACGCAGGAGAAUGCGGACCUUCUCGAGAAACUACAAGAAACCUCGAUCAAGCACAAGAAAGAAUUGGAUGAAAUUAUCGAGCAGAAUAACCUGGACAGAGAAGAUUGGGAAAAUGAACGAAAACAGAUGGAAAAAGCAAAGAACGCUCUGCUGGCUGAUCUCAAAACAGACUUGGCGAAGGCUGAAACAGAAGCGAGAGAAGCAGUGGUGCGCGAGGAUUCACUUAGAGCGGAUUUGAGUGAUGCCAGAGAAGAAAUCAAAGAGUUGAUGAAUCGCCUCGAGAAGGAAAAUCGUGACAAAGAAGAUUUGGAAAGUAGAAGAAAAGAGCGCGAUGAAUCCCGAGAAAGAGCACGACUCGGCUUUGCUGCAGAGUUGGAGGAGAAUCAAGUCAAGCUUGUCAAGUCAGCGGCACAGCUCGACGAAGCGAACAGGAAGAAGCAAAUGUUGGAGGCCGAAGUGACGAAGCUCGAUACGCUGUUAUCAAGAAGUCUCUCCAGGGUGCUUUUGCUGGUAUUGUAUACAGUCGAGACAUCGUCAAUGAAAGAAAUGGAGCAAAGGAUUGACGAUUUGAUGGAGAAGCUACGCGGCAGUGAAACCCAAGAGCAGCAUUACAAGGAUCAAAUGGCCAUUUUGGAAAAGGAAAACAUCGAACUGACUAAUGCAAGAGACAGGCAAGCCAAGAAGUUGGUUGAUGAACAGAAGAGGACUUCUGAGCUGGAACAGAAACUUCGUGAUUUGAAUAGAGAAAAACAGAGCGCUCAAAUGAAGGCGAGGACUGAAAAAGAGCAAAAAAGUGAACGAGAUGAUAGAGUGAUCACUCUCACGAAUAAGGUCCGCCAGCUAGAGAUCCAGUUAGCGGAUAAAACUGCCAAAAGCGAUGUCAGCUCAGAUUUAGUGAAGAAAAUGGAGUCAGACGCUCAGAACAUGUUGCAAGAGCUGAAUAAACUCAAGGAAAGCAACACCGACCUUGCACGACAGAACGAUGAGUUGAGAGCGACUUGCAAGUCUUUGAACGAUGAACUGGCCCAUGUUCGUUUGGCCCUCGAGAAGAAAACGACCACUUCCAAGCAAGCGAUGACUGAUCUCUUGAACAACUAUAAGGAAUCCGAAAAGAAUUCCGUUGAAAGAGCAGCUGAAUGCGAGCAGUUGAGAGCUCAGGUGCUAACAGUCAACGCCAAAAUGGAGCGUCUCGAGAAACGACGCACAGAACUAGAAUCACGCGUAGAAGACUUGGAAGCCAGGAACGCAGAUCUAGUGAACAAAAUUUAUCAAUAUGAACGGAGUGCUAAGAUGGCUUUGGGAAUGACUGGUUCUCGAGGACAAUCGAUCGUAGACAUACCAAAGGCUGCUUCAUCUUCAGGAAUCGGCGAAUCUAUCUCUAUAAUACGUACUGCCUCUAGCACACAUGAUUUGUCUUUCAGAGAGACUCCGGAAAGAACGGUCCACUUCCCUGACCAAGAUAGGCUCAUGGAUAUCAGCUCAUCGAUGGAGAUCACGUUGAGAUACCUCAAAGAACGUAUCGAGCAGUUAGAAAGGGAUAAGGCUGAGCUCAACAAUGAACUAAUGUCUCGCCGUGAUGAAAUGGAAAAGAAUGCCUCUCAAAUGCAGGACGCUGUCCAAGCUAUGCAAUCAUUGGAAAGACGCGUGCAAGAUUUACAAAGAGAAAACGAAAAUCUGGAGUCACGGCUGGCCACACAGCGACAACUGUACGUCUCGAAUGAAGAAACCAUGAGAGCAAAAGAUCUCGAACAUCGAAAUCUGAAAGCGAAAAUCAUGAGCGCUGAGCUGCAUAUUCGUGAAAAAGACAGCAAAAUCAGUCAGUUGACGAGCCAGUUAGAGGCGUUACGGAUGGAGCAUACGCAAAUCAUUGCUGAGCGGACAAGGUUGAGCAACAUAGCGAAAGGAGCCGAACAAGACGUGAGAGCCUAUGAGAAUGACAGCAAGAAGUUACUGCAAGAACGUGAACAACUCAUUAAAAGGCUAUCUGAGGUGGAAAGUGAGAAUAAGAUAUCUCGGGCUAGGUUGAGCGACCUUGAGUAUGAGUUGGAACAAGCGCAGAAGUUACUGGAAGAAGCAAGAAAGCAACAGCGGAAGGAACGCGAACACAUCGAGAAACUACAGUCUGAGGAAAGGCGUUGGAAACAUGCAGCAGUAAAUGCGAAAAGAACAACGCAAGAUUACCAAAAAACCGUGUUUGAAGAGAAGAUCACUCAUCUGCAGCAGAACCAUGAUGCACUUAUUGCAAAGAACGAUGCGCUGGCUGCUGAACUUGACCGAAUGAAGAAUGAAUUGCGUGAUUCAAAUCAUCGCAAUGCGUUGCUGGUGCAAAAGUUGGGUGACGCUGAGCGAAGAUGCGAGGAUGGAAAUCAGUCAAAAAGAAUGCUCACUCAACAGAUUGCCGCUUUCCAACGGGCUGAAGGAGAAUGGAGUAAGCUAGAGCGGGAGAUGAGGGACGAACUGGUUAUGCUUCGUAGGGAAAGAUUGGUGCUGACAAAUGAAGUGGAGGAACUGAAACGGAAGCUUGUCAGAGUAGAGGUCGAAAAGAAAGAGUUGGACGGUUUCCGUGCACGUUUAGAACGAGAAGUGGCGUCUCUCAAGAAGCAUGUUGAGGCUCUGGAGGAAGAAAAAACACGCACCGAAAUAGCUGUUCGUAACACGCUCAGCGAAAGAAAAGCCAUCGACAAAUCGCUCGCAGCCAUGGAAAAGGAAAAUACAGAACUGUACAGAAAUUGUGCCCAACUCCAGUCCCAGAUUGCCCAGCUAGAAAGAGAUACCGAGUAA